AAGUACAGAUUCCGCGUGAGAGCGCUCCGAGUUGUAGAGACAGACAGACGGACACUGGACACUGCUGCCGGACAUUAGUGCCCGCUAAAUUUCAGUAUUGUUUCUGACCGUAACAACAAGAAGAUGCCACUGGGUGACGACUGCCAUGCCUGGAAAAAGAAGACCACAGAUGUGAAGGAUCAGUAUGACUUCAAAGAGAUCCUGGGAACGGGAGCUUUCUCUGAGGUGGUCCUGGCCGAGGAGAAGAGGACCCAGAAACUGGUGGCUAUCAAGUGCAUUCCCAAGAAGGCUUUGGAGGGCAAAGAAAACAGCAUUGAGAAUGAGAUCGCAGUCCUGCACAAGAUUAAACACGCCAACAUCGUUUCUCUGGAAGAGAUCUUUGAAAGUAAAUCACACCUCUACCUUGUCAUGCAACUUGAUGAUUUCUUUAACAAAGUCCCGGUUUUAUAUUUCCAUCGUGUCAUAGCCUAUAUUCUGUUGUGUGGUUAUCCUCCGUUCUACGAUGAGAAUGAUGCCAAACUGUUUGAGCAGAUCCUGAAGGCAGAAUACGAGUUUGAUUCUCCUUACUGGGAUGAUAUCUCUGAUUCAGCUAAAGACUUCAUUGUCCACCUGAUGGAGAAAGACCCCAACAUACGUUACACCUGUGAUCAGGCUCUGCAGCACCCCUGGAUUGCUGGGGAUACUGCUCUGGAAAAGAACAUCCACGAGUCUGUCAGUGCUCAGAUCAAGAAGAACUUUGCAAAGAGCAAGUGGAAGCAAGCGUUUAAUGCCACAGCAGUGGUCCGUCACAUGAGGCGUCUCCAGCUGGGAACCAGUAGCGAGGGGCCCAACCCCACCCUGCCCAGUCCGUGCCGAACUCACCUGUUGGAGGAAGACGCAGAGGCUUGUUGUGAGGGUGGAUGCUCCCAGAACGUCGACGGGGGAGCCGACCACCUCUCCAACUGCACCUACCGCUGCCACCCGACCAGCAGGGUGUGAUCCCUGCGCCUGCUCCACUUACUUGCCUAAUCAAUCCCAGUGACUUUCCAAUUUAAACCCCCUCGGUGGAACCGGAGGCACCAUCUCCCCCCUUAUCUGGUUAGGAAUACAGCGUCAUUCCAACCUCUCGCCUGCAGGGGGAGCAAGCCUGUCCAGCCUGAGGAGGAAGACAGAAAAUGGGAUGAGAGGAGGAAGAGGGAGACUUGAUGAUGAUGAUGAUGAUGAUGCAUUGGAGGAUUACUUUUACAGACUGGGCUGGUAGUUUUGGAUGAGUUAAAAUGGGGAGAGGAUACAAUGGAAGGAGGGGAAGAUAACCUCCUCCACCAGCAUGUCGGGGGGGUUGUUUUUUGCCGAAGCAGGGCAGAGCUUGUUGUUGGACACUGUUUUUAUUCAUGAUUUUUGAUUCAACCUGUCUCUUUGUUUGUUUUAUUGUUUUAUAUAUUUUUGUGUUGUCUCUUUAUCUUCCCACUGUGGAGAGUAAAUCCAGAGACAAUAUCUGCAUGAUCAGGAGAGAGUUUCCCCAAUGCAUGUUUUAUCUUAGAAAUAUACCCUGUUGCAGAAAUGCAGCGUUGCAGUACGAUGCAACUGAUGGAGUGUUGUGUGAACAGUUCUUAAAGGUGAAAAGACAUAGAGCAUUUAAAUAUGUUGCAGUAUUUGAAAUGAAAGUCACAUCUUGUAAUUUUACAGAUCUGCAUUCUAUGUCUUUAAGUCGUGCUUUUAGACAAUCAGUGACAGAAUAGUUUAUGCAAUGAACUCCAUCUAUUUACUAUGUAGCCUUUCUUGUGGCGAUAUAGAGUUUCAAUGCAGCAGUUAGGCUUUUUUCAACCCCCGAACCUUUUCACCUACUCGAGCACAGGGAUAUAUCUUUGUAUAAGGUGCCUUUAGGAUAUACAGUAUGAUGAGUUUAUUUUCGGGUAACUUCUGAAAUGUUUUUUUUUUUUUGUCUGUUUCUUGCAGCUUGGACUUUGUAUGUAUCACAUUUUCAGCUUUAAGAUGCAGCUUUUAUGCUUUUUGUCUCAAAGUUAAGUACUGUAAUCUCAGAGGGAAGGCCUGCAUACAUAUUAUACACCAGUCUAAAUUAAAAAAUAACAUCAAUAUUAGCAUAUGAAACUGUAAUAUUGUUAAAUCUUUCUGGAGAGCUUCACCGGGAGCCUCAUUUAUUUUAAAAAAAUCUUUCAAAUUAAUUUUUUUUUUUUUUUAGAAUUAUGAUAAGUAUUUUCCAGCCCCCUUUAUGAUGCAUCCUACAGUACAUUUUGUGCAAAAAAAAAAUUGUAUUUGCAAGCCUGAAAAAUUAUUGAUCAGUGCUCUUGGCCAUACUCAAGACUAGACUUCUUAGUGGGUUGAAGUAGGUCGUGUGAAUGCAAAAAAAGCAAAACAAAAACUGCAACCAAAAUCUGAUAUGCAUCUGUCAGCAUGUACUGUAAUCAUACCAUCAUUACAAUCCUUUUCUUCUUACAUUCUUUCACAGGCACAUUUCCUCCACGUGCAGCCUGUUUAGAAAGGAAACCUGGAUUAAAGAAUGUGAAUAUGCA